AAUUCCAAGUUUGCUUUUAGACCUGAGGGGAAUAAAGAGCAUCGUAAGAUACUCUGCCAUUUUCUGAAUAAAAAAAUUGGGAAGCUUAUAGAAAGCAAAUUGUUCCCUGACUCUCAGCAAAAGCUUGUGAUUGUAAUAAGGUUUCAUGAGAAAAGUAGAUUCGGGAAAAGGACUAAUUCUAACAUUGGAGAGAAGCACUACAUUUAUACAGGUACAUAGGAAAGAGAACCUGGAAACCCUUGAAGCAAUUAAUUAUUUGUCUGCAAAGCUUGGUAUAUUUCCUUCAGAUUUCAGUUAUACUGGCAUUAAAGACAAAAGAGCAAUUACUUAUCAAGCUGUUGUGAAAAAAGUGACCCCUCAAAGAUUAAAAGAACUUGGAAAUGCAGUUGAAAAAAAAGGACUUGGUGUGUCUCAUAUAUAUUCUGUGAGCCAGUCACUUAGACUGUGUCAACUGCAAGGAAAUCAGUUUGAUAUAAUUGUGAGAGAUUUAAAACUCCAUAAUAACGAGCCUACCUCAAGCCUAAAGGAGCAAAUUUGUGAGGCAAUUGAGAAUGUCAAGAAAAACGGGUUUAUAAAUUAUUAUGGAUCUCAGCGGUUUGGACAAGGACAGAAUAUUCAGAUCAAUCAGACUGGCUUGGCUUUGCUGAAUGAAGAAAUGGUCAAAUCUGUAAAACUGUUUUUCACACCAGAAGAUUCAAAUGAUCCUGUUAAUAAGGCAAAGAAAUACUUUCUUCAGACUGGAGGGGAUUGUGGAGUCAUUGGUUGGCUAUUCAGGCAUCAGGUUGAAAUCCUGUCCUGUUGCCAUUCAGAAAGGCUGGUGUGUACAGCAUUGUUGUAUGCCACUUCAGCAAAAAGGCAAGAAGUCAGUCCAGUCAUCCUGUUGGUGGUUGAUGAAGCAAUGAAGGUCCAUAUGGUAACAGCUGUAGAAGAAAUGGACAAUAAAUAUACAAUAAACCAAAAAAAAGAAACUCCUCUUCACUUUGAGUUUCUCCAGCCAGUACAAUUCCACAAUGCAAGCAACCCUUCUAUGCCCAAACUUUUUUCUCGCUGCUGUUUCAGGAGAGAAGAAAAGAAAACAGCUUUCUCUCCUCUCACUCUUCUGGGCUCCUUUGUACUUCCUUCCUUGGAAAUCCUCCGGCAAGUUCUUUCACCCCAGAUCACUUCCACUGAAUCGUCAGGAUUGCUGUUAGGAUUACUUUUCACUCAAUCUGUCACGUCUCUGUCCCACUAUUUUGCUACUGUCUUUCGGCCAGCUGUCAGCUGUCAUUUCUUUGCGGCCGCCAUUAUGGGCUGUCUCCUUCCUCCGCUCGACUUUUCCAAGGCUUCUCCUGAAUUCGCUGGUCUCAGCUGUCACCAGAGAUCGCUCCUCUUAUUUUCCAUUUUCCCUCCAAGGAAACUGGGACCCCAAGAAGUCCGUCAAACGGUCGGAAGCAGGGGGAAAUGAUCCAGAGAAUCGUUCAACACACCCGUUUCUCUUGACAGCUGGCUCCACAGGACUUCAUUUAUGAAUACCAUGGAGUCCCUUGUAGCCUAAAUGACAUCACCCUCAAUUGGUAGCAACGUAGAGUGUCAGGACCUCAAAACCUCUGUGUUUUCCCUUGCAUAUAUAUUCUACUUUUGGGGGCUGCCAUUCUGCUGGGGGAAGGAAGAGGGGGAGCUUGGGAUUGCAAUUAAGAGGGUCAACUCCACAUUAUGAUGACCCAGAAGCGGUGGAGGAUGACUACGAGGAUGACCCAUUGGUGAAUAGGCCAAUUGACCCCAUAACAGUGCCCCUAGAACUUUCCAUAUCCGGCAUUGGGAGGUCAUGAAAUUAGCCUUGCUGGACUUGGGGUGUACCCAGUACAUGAUUAGCCCAGAACUAGUGGGAAAAAUGGGGAUCCUCCUCAGGAGACUUAAGACUCCAAUUUUUGCCAUCUGGAUGGUUCUGUUGGGGGGGUUGCCUGCUAGUUUUGCCACCAGACCCUUAUACAUCGACCUGGGUGGCCACACAGAGACUUUAACAUUUAUUGUGGCCUCGGGAAUGGAGUGAUCAUUAGUUCUGGGACUGGCUUGGCUAAAGAAAUGGAACUGGAGGGAAGGGCAACAGAUUCCCAUGGGGAAGCCCCGCACAUUACUAAAGGAAAUGGUGGGAGAUGUGGAUUACAUUGUGAUUUUGCCUCUGCCCUCAGUGAGUCAGACUUGCAAAGCCUCUCAAUGGAAUACCGAGAUUUGGCUGAAGCUUUCAGCGAGCAGAGGGCGGAUGAACUCCUCCCUCACUGGCCCACAGACUGUGCAAUAGAAAUCAUCCCAGGGAUGAAAUUGCCAAAACCUAAAAUUUACUCAAUGACUCCUAGAGAGUUGAACGAACUGGAAAAAAAUAUCAAAAAAAACUUAGAGUGAGGGUUUAUCGAGCCAGCUGGCCAGCUAGAUAGCAGCCCCUGUGUUAUUCAGAGAGAAGAAAUAUGGCUCUCUUCGUCUUUGCAUGGAUUAUAGAAGCCUUAACGCUGUGUGCAUGGAAAACAUGUAUCCAUUACCUUUAAUAAAAGACAAGUUAACGCACCUAUCGAAAGGAAUUUUUUUCCCACAAAACUGGACUUGAGAGAGGCUUAUUAUAGAAUUUAUUUAUUUAUUAAUAAAAUUUAUAUGCCGCCCAAUCCCUAGGGACUCAGAAUAAGAAUAAAGAAAGGAGAUGAGUGGAAAACUGCUUUCAAUUGCCAAUUUAAAGUUCUUCCCUUUGGGUUACAGGGGCCCCCUGCAGUAUUCAUGCAACUGAUCAACAAAGUCCUACAUGAUCACUUUUAUAAGGGGGUCCUAGUUUACCUGGCCAAUAUCCUUAUUUACACCGAAACAAAAGAUGAAUAUUUUUUAAAUGUUUAUUAAUUUUCUAUUUUUACAAACAAGUGCUCAAUAGACAACAUGAUAACUGAGUCCAUUAGUGAUUCUGUGGUACAUAUAAGCUUCUUCCAACUAAAUCCAAUAUUACACCCACCAGUACAUCCUCUCUUCUUUUGGUAAUAACCAUUUUUCCAUAGUAAGCAAAUGCAAUUAUUAUUGUUAGUAAACAUACCAUUGCAUAUCAACAUUUGUUUUAUUUUUCUAAUGAUAUCAAUAAUAUCAGUUUAAAAUAUUUUUUCUAGCCAAAGCAUAUCUUAAUUGCAUUUG